AUGGUAGUCUGCAUCUGCAUAGUCCUCUCACAGACCUGCCCUCCUUCGGGCCGGUGGAGAGUUUGCUCGCCGUACCUGAUUCCAGAUGCAGUUGUCAGUGACAUGUCUGAGAGUAAAGCCAAGAAGGUUGAAAUCAAGGACGUGGAUGGGCAGACUCUCAGCAAGCUGAUUGAUUACAUCUACACCGCAGAGAUUGAGGUGACUGAAGAGAACGUGCAGGUGCUGCUUCCGGCAGCCAGCUUGCUGCAGCUCAUGGAUGUUCGGCAGAACUGCUGCGACUUCCUGCAGUCUCAGUUGCAUCCCACCAACUGCCUGGGCAUCCGUGCAUUUGCAGAUGUGCAUACUUGCACAGACCUCCUGCAGCAGGCUAACGCCUAUGCAG